GUCAUGUUGCACCCCCCAUUUCCUUUUGCUGAGAUUGACACAUCACUUUAAUCCAGCUCUGAAGCAUUCAGCAAGAAAGCUUUAAUGCCAUCUUCUUCUCUCUAAUCUCCUGUGGCGUCGAGCAGGGUGCCAUGGAUGCUGUACGUAAAUACCUGUGGAUGUGGUUGAUCUUUGGGAUGAUUUUUGUGAGUGUGGUCAUCAGCAUCAUCUUCAUCUUCAUCAACAAGUGCAUAUCCAAGAGAGCCAAACAAAAAAUCCCAAUCUCACAGCUUCACAGAGGAUCUCCCUUCAAUGUCAGCAGCAAUAAAUACCAGGAGAGGCCGCUGAAAGCCACCAACCCACCUUUACCUCCACGGACACAGUUCCUCACUGCAGAGUCCAGAAGUUAUGAAAAUCUGGCAGAGGCACCAGAGUAUGAACAGAGCAUGCUGGACUAUGUGCAGAGUAUGCCAGACUAUGUACAGCCAGUCAAUAAACAAAACUCCCAAGACCAUGUGCAGAACAUGCCAAACUAUGUGCAGAGCACGCCACACUAUGAGCAGAACAUGCCAGACUACGAAGAGAGCACGCCAGACUACGAGCAAAGCAUCCCGGAAUAUGAACAAAACAAGCCAGCCUAUGAGCAGAGCGUGCCAAACUAUGUGCAGAGCACCCCACACUAUGAGCAGAACAUGCCAGACUACGAAGAGAGCACGCCAGACUACGAGCAAAGCAUCCCGGAAUAUGAACAAAACAAACCAGCCUAUGUGCAGAGCAUGCCAAACUAUGUGCAAAGCGCCCCACACUCUGAGCAGAACAUGCCAGACUACGAAGAGAGCACGCCAGACUACGAGCAAAGCAUCCCGGAAUAUGAACAAAACAAGCCAGCCUAUGAGCAGAGCGUGCCAAACUAUGUGCAGAGCACCCCACACUAUGAGCAGAACAUGCCAGACUAUGAAGAGAGCAUGCCAGACUACGAGCAGAGCACACCAGACUAUGAACAAAACACACCUGAGUUUGAAGAAAGCAUGUCUAAUUAUGAGCAGAUUAUGCCAGACUAUGAAGAGACCACGCCAGACUAUGAGCAGAGCACACCAGACUAUGAACAAAACACACCUGAGUAUGAACAAAGCAUGCCUAAUUAUGAGCAGAACAUGCCAGACUAUGAAGAGAGCAUGCCAGACUAUGAGCAGAUCCAGGAUGAGCCUCCUGAUUAUCUGGAUCUAGAGGAUGAGGCUGUAUCAUUUCCUCCUCCUCCAUCGUCUGAAGAUCAAGAUGCCGCUGCAGACACCGCCUCCACAGACGACUACGAUGACAUCGGAGUUGAGGAUGAAUACCAGGAUUCAGGAGAGGACUAUGAUGAUGUCGGAUAAGACAGGAGUGAACAGAUGGAGAAUUUGAAAGACUAUUUUGACUUUCUUCUCUGGAUGUUGCUGAGCAGAGAAAUCAGAAUGACUGCUUUUACACAGAUUUCCUUUUGUAUCAUGCAAGUUUCUCUUCAGCAAACUAUUUAAAAGACAAAACACCAGAAGAAUAUAUCAGUAUUUCUGUGCAAAGCUUUGGAGAUACAGCAAAACAAACUGUACUUAACAAACAGAUGUCUGGACAAAGGAGAGGAAGCUUACAGAGAGUUGGGCAGGAAGGCUUGAAUUUAUACCCGUAUAACCUUUCACCUUUAUUGAUGUUAUCUUUAACUUUUGCAACAUUGUUUACAGACUGAAACAAAACUGAUACAGCACAUAACAGUGUAAACAUAAGAAUAAAAAAUACACUGCUUGAGCACAUUCUUAACUUUAAAAUGCUUGCAGUUUUAAGGAAGCAAAGUCCCUAAUUAGAGCAAUGAAGUCUUUCUAACAAUGUCAUCUUCCAAGGACAUCAGUGUUAAAUAGCUGAGUGUCAGGAUUUCGGCACUGGAUCAGUCCUUAUCCAACCUAUGUGGUCCAGUGCAUCCUCAUUCAUUCCCCCAGUGUCCCAGGUCCAUGCUGGUGUAGGCUAGCAGGUUUUGCCAGGGUGGUGCAGGGAGAGUUUGCCCCUGCCUGGAUUCAUUAUUGCCGGCUGCACAUGUAGCAGCACCGGUCUCCUCUAAAAGAGCUACAUCUUUCAGCGGCAAUGUUACUAACUUAGCCAGUAUUAAAGUUAAAAUUCACAACAUGGCCUGACUUGACACUUUACUGUUAAAAAUAUGUAGGGGCUAAAUCAGUGGUAUUUUGGUCCAGCAGCCACCUCACGUAGGCAGCAUGCCAGUCAUUGCUGCCCCAGCAGUGGCUCAGUGGUACCUGGCAUUUCUUUGCUUACUGCCACUGGAGGGUUUUAAUGUCUAAAGCCAGGUAUACACUGUGCGAUUUCAAGCUGACCAUACGAAGGUCACGGCAGAAUGUCAUCUCAUACUGUACGACUGAAUAGUUUACGGCGCACGACCAUUGUGCACGAGUUGUGCGCUCACACUGUGCAACUGAAGUUGAGACGGACUGUGACAGAAACCCACAGAGUUUCCUUUUUAAAAAGUCUCAGGGUCUGAGGGUGAAGUGUUUCCAAUCAUAUUCUCUUUCUCCCCCUCUAUCUCUCCCGCUUUUGCUCUCUCCCGCUAUCUCUCUCUAUCCAACACACAAACAAAAACACCUCUGUGUCAGCAGCAGGUCCGCGGGUAGGAGUAUUUCCUGCUCAUUUAUUUCCUUUAUCAUCACGGGGGUGCGUCAGAAAGUAAUUCCAGCCGUUGUCAUGGUACUUUAGGACGUUGUCUGACAAUUUACAAAGGAAAACAAACCCCAAUGUUGUUUAAUCUGCUCACAUUUCUGCUCUCACUGUGAAGUGUCUGGAGUCAUACGACCAAAAUAUCAAACAUGCCAGAAAUCCUCCCGACCAGUCGGGAGCAGGCUGUAUGGUCGUAGUUGGGCCGUGGUCGGCCAUCGUACAUAGCACGACAAACGACGCCAGAUCCAACUGAAAGUCGGCCCAACUUCAGAGUGAGUCCUGCGAUUCUAAACUCGUGGCUGAAUCGCAGGAAAAUCACACAGUGUACACCCAGCUUAAAUAGAGUAAAGCAGCUUUGAUAUAUCCAUUUGGCUCGGGGAAUUUUCUUAACAGCUCAGUUUCCCUGCGCUUUUCAUCCCUUUGUCAUUUUGUUUCUUUGCUCCACUUCUGCAUAUUUCGUUGUAUAGGCCUACACAAUCACAAGUUAAGAUCUAACUCAUUUAAUAUGGUUGAUAUAUACACAUAGGAUAUGUGAUGGCAUCUCUGUUUGCAAAAUGGGCUGUUUUGGCGUGAAGAAUCCAAGGCCACAUUAUUUUUAUGUUUAACUCUCUGGUGAUGGAUUUUGGCUGUUAAUAACCAUUAAACAGUCUGAUUUUCAUAUUUCAAGCUUUAAAUCAAAAGAGAUCCCAUCUUUCCCCGUUUACCUCCAUCUAUUUUGAUGGAAUGUUUUCACCCAGAAAGGGUCAGGGUAUCAGGGUGGAUUUCUCUUAUUAAUACUGCAGACAGUCAGCAGGGACAACUUCACUCCCUGGCAGCUGGUGCUUUGUCCAUCUAAAUCUACAGUCUUUAUCUGCUGUUCAUAAUAAAAAAUAUGAUGAAAUAUUGGUGGGUUUCUUUUUUAAAUAAAAUAUUUUUUCUAGUGUUUUCUGAUUUUUAAUCUGCAUAUUUGACAAAUGUCUUUUUUGCUUUUUUAAGAUCCCACCAACAAUCAGCACAGCAGGGAACUGAAUUUUAAUAAAACUGUCAGAGAAGCUGAUCUUUAUUUUUCUGUUUGCCUAGAGUUAGAUGGAUGAGUACAGCAAGAUAUAAAUAUAAUGGGGAACGUACGUGUCCUGUGUUGUAUAUUUUGUCUAGUUUUUAUCUAAACUGAUAUAUCCUGUGAGAUAAAUCCAUCACUGCACUUUGUGCAUAAAGAAAUGUCGGCUUACCAACUGAUCAUCUGAGUCAAUUUCACAGGGAUGUGUUUUGAGUUAGCAUAUAGAUUGCAUUAGCAUAGAGUUGUCUUGAUUUUGCAUAAUGAAUGCCCCAGAGAGUUUGUGAAGUUUUCUCCUUUAACAACACUCACAGCCUCCUGUGGUGUGCUUUGUAACUGAAGACUCUUAACUUUUAUUUGGAGGUCCCUGUCGUCUCCUCAUUUAGAUUUCUGAUUUGUUUUGUACAACUUCCACAAACAUACUAGCUUCCUCCUGAGAGAAGGUCUGUGGUAGAUAUCCUCCCACUGUAACUUGGAAAUGAAACAGCCUGGAAACCAGUCUGCUUUCAGCAGACCAUAUAUCCUCUGUGAACAACUUUCUACUUUAAGAGAUGUACAAAUGCACUUUAGCGCAGACCUGUGGAUGCUUACAGUUGGAUUGUAGCAAACUGAGAAAUUUGAACAGAAUUGGAGUCCAGAAAUGAGGUCUUAGACCUGAUUGUUAGCUGUAUGUUUACUUGUAGAUGUCUUUUAAAAUACAGUUUAAAGUAGCAUCAUUUGCAAACACUGGAAAGUGCGUUCUGGGAUCUAGAUUGUACCACCUUUCUCAUUCUUUUUGACAGUACUACCAGAGAAAAUAUAAAUGAUAGGCAUAGCCACAUUAAUGUCACAAAGGAGUGCCUUGAUGUAUGUCCUGCCAUCAUUUGCCAUAUUUUGUAUUUAUUUACUACUUUUAUUGUGGCAGUAUUGCUUAUAAUGUGUUCUUAUGAGUUUCCACUGAGACUAGCAAUUUGUGCAACAUGAGCGCCCUCUGCUGGCACCACUGCAGACUUGAGCAGUGCUAUUACCACAGCACUAUGCUUUCUCUGUGGUAAGUUGAUUUUGUGGUUGUUAGUGCUGUUUAUCUAUGUGAAUCAAUAAUAAACAUUUAUGUGAUGUAUAUGAUAUGAGUUUUCAGUAAUUCAGGCUCACCAUUCUGCUGUACUUUGCUAGCUAAAUUACUAGAUUUACCAUUAAUCUCAAACGUUUACCUUGUUAACCAACAGACAAAUGAUUUUGUUUCUAUGUUUUAGCAAUAUUGGAGUUUAGAGCUAUAAGAAUGGCUGUGAGAGACCUAAGGUGAUUCUAUCCUUAUCAUUUAUUGACCAUUUUUCUGUACAUUUACCCUGUUAGAUGUGUUUGCCAGUCUGUGUUGUCCCCAUAAAUAAAUGGCAUGCAAGGGCCAAAAGUGAAAAUGUACGCCUGGUUCACACAUCACAACCACAAUCUUGACAGCUGGAUGCCACAAGUUUGACAUUUUCCUAACACCAAGUUUGAUCGAUGGUGGAUCAUGAGAGCCAAGAGGCGUUGGCAAACUCUGAGUUAUCAAAGCUAACACAUAUGUACAUCUAUGGCUGACUAAUUUGCUGGUCAUGAGCUACUUUGUGUUUCCUAGUGAGAUUUUGUAUUGUGGGCUGACCUCAGUUAUGGUCUUUUGGAUUAAAGACGUCAUUAUCUAUACUUUCUGUAGUAAUCUCUCUUGAGACAAACCAGCAACAAUCCCAAUCUCUUCAGUUACAUUAUUAAAUGUAUGUUAAAUAUGGACAGUCUAACAAAGCAGUUAAAAAAAAACUCACCAAAAAUUUUUAAAACAGUCUGGCAGCAGGCCGCAGUUCUCAGACGCCCCCUUGGCAGACCACUACUGUGAGGCACUGGCUCUGUCAGAAUGGAAAAACACGCAAAAAAUUUCAAAAUAAAACCUGAUUAAACUUCCAGUUAGGUAUGGGGUUAAAGUUAGGGUUAGAGUACCAGAAGUUAGUGCAAAAAACUGCGAAACCUGAUUACACAGCAUUUGAUGAAACAGAGUAGACUGUGUGCUUACAGGACAAAAAAAGCAUGUCUUCAAUGAAAACAUUCUAACACAGAGACUGUUGUUAAGGCUACAGCUAACAAAGCUACAUAGCUAUGUAAACAUAGGUACAUGGAUAAGUUGCUAAAUCUAAAGUUAGUGAAGCCAAUGAAGACAACAAAGCUUUGUUAGCUACGUACGCUAUAUAAGUAACGGAGCUACAUGGCAAAAUCUAUAGCUAUCAAAGCUCUUAAGCCACAAAGCUAAAUAGGUAGCUUAGCUUGUGCAGCUAACAUUGCUGAAGACAAAGCUUUGUUGAUAAAACUCACAUAGCUAUGUCUCCAUGUUAUCUAUAUAGCUAAUUUAGUUACAUUAGCUUAAGCUACAUUUUCUAAAGCUCCACCCGCUAAAGCUAGCUCAACUACAUUGGCUUAUGUAGUAAUGUUAACUACGGAGUUAGAGUAGCUUAAUUAGCUUUAGAUGAAGCUAAAAAAGCUACAUUAGCUUGUGCUAGUUACAUUGGCUUGUGCUAAAUUCAUGCUAAGUUUGAUAGCUGAAUUAGCUUUAGCUACUUUUCUAAGGUGCAAGUUGCUACAGUUGAUGUAGCUACAUAGUUUACAUUAACUACGUAGCUAGCAUAGCUAUGUUAGCUUCAACUAAAGCUUAAAAACUUAAGCAAGCUACCAUUUGCAUAACCUUUGCUUAAACGGGAUACAUAAUCCUGGAUUAAACCGCUAACAUUUUUUUUGUUCACUUCAUUAAAUAUUGCUUAGUCUGUAAUGUUUGCAAUGUGGUUAAUUAAAUGAAUGCAGGCUACUGCCAGACUUUGUUAAAGGUAAAGUUGAACUAAAAAAUUUUUUAAAAUUCUAUAACAUUGUACUGGCAUAUUACAUCAGUUCUGUUCUGACAGAGGUGCUGUCUACAGUUGUGGUCCGCAAGAGUCUGAGAUUUGGGGUCUGCAGACAGACCCCUCACAAAAUCUUGGUUGCAAACUUGCUAGUCUUUAAACGCCUAUAAGAUGCUAAGAAUUUCAUUUCAUUUGUCAGAUUUUUGCAUAGGAAAAAUAACAAGAUGAACAGAGCUGGCAUAUCACUUUCAAAGAAUAUUUUAAAUGUAACCCCUUAAAAGCCAGCACACAUCAAUGCCCUUUAAAGUUUGGGUAUGUAACAUUCAAUGAGAACCGUGUAGAAUCAACUCUAUUCCAUAGGACACUAAAAUAAAUAGUUUACUACAGCUUUAAGUAGGUAUUGACAAACUAUUUUUUAGAGAAUAAAUAAAUGUGACAUUCAGCAGUGCAACCAGGGUGGGUGUUGAUUGAUGGGGCCCCCUUAGGGAGGUUUCCUACUGUUGUUUCAAACUUUGGACAUUCCAGCCACUCUUGUGAUUCCAGAUUUGUCCAUCAUCAGAGCUCCUUUGGCCUGGCGCCCCAAGCAGCUACCCAUCUUGCUUGUUGACAAGCAACAUCUCUUCACAGUAAAUUUACCUGAGUAAAUUUUUACUCAAAUUGUGUAAAAGUUAACUCUAAAAAAUAAAACAUUUGGUCCCAGUCUAUCUAACUCUAAAUGAUGAUUAUGUACUCCACAAUGAACAAAAUAAAAACAACUCUAAAGCAAUUGUACUCACUACAGGGUAAUACAGACCACAAACAGAGGUGUUUCAUUUCAUUUAUUUGUUCUAGUCAUGGCAAAAUUCACAUUCCCUCACAAAGAGACAUCCAACCUCAUUCCACUCCAUGGCUAGAAAGGAGCAGGGAGAAGAAAAAAUUCUUAUUUUG